AUGGCCGUCAGCGCGGAGAGGGAAAGGCAGACUGAAGACGAAGGCAGACAGACUGCAUGGAACCACAACACCGACUACACGGACUCGCUCCUAGCCCGUGACCCACUGGCUAUCAGGGUCGCCGUCAUCGACACGCCAGGAAUCUAUGACACGCAGUACCGAGAAGAGGAGGUGCUAAAAAAGCUGAAAGAAUGCGUCUCCUUCUCCGCUCCCGGUCCCCAUGUGUUCCUGAUUGUGGUCAAGUUGGGAAGAUUCACGUUGGAAGAACAGCAAACGGUUGAGCUCCUGCAGCAGGUCUUUGGUGAUGGAGCUGCAGAAUACUCCUUGGUUCUCUUCACUCACGGGGACCAGCUGAGAGGCACAAGAAUUCAAGACUUUUUUAGAAAAAGUCAACCGCUCAGCGAUUUGAUCAAGAAAUGUAACUCGCGGUAUCAUGUCUUCGAUAACACGGAUCCGGACAACCGACAGGCGCACGAGCUGCUUGAAAAGGUCGUGACUAUGGUCCGUGAUAACGGAGGGACAUUUUACACAAACACAAUGUUCCGGGAGGCUGAGCGAGCGAUCCAGGAAAAAGAGAAGCAGAUCCUGAAGGAGGGUGUAGCGAGAAAACUCAAACAAGAGGAGGAGCUACGAGCAGAAUUUGAAGGAGAAAUGCUGCAGGACGAGUUAGAUUCUUUAAAUGAACGGCACAAAACAGAAUCUAGAGAAGGAGCGGAGAGGAAAAACAAAUUCGUUGAAUCUGGGUUGAUUUUAACAGGCGCUGAAGCAGGUGUGGCGAUAGGGGUGGCUGCAGGAAGUGUCGGUGGUCCACUCUGCAUCGCAGUCGGGGCAGUGGUGGGUGGUGCUGUCGGGGCUGUCGUAGGAGUCUUAACACCAGCAGCAGUAAAAUCUCUUAGAAAAAAAUGUGCCGUACAAUAAGACUGCAUUGACAUGCCCCGUGUGCUGAAGAUGACACUGAGCAGGGAGCAUGCAUGGUAUCUGCUGUUUAACGUAAAGAGUGUUACGUUUACUUGUAUGGCUUAAAAGCUAAAGAUUAAGGUCUUUACAAUGAAAAAAAUGGUGACCAAACCAGAGUUGACAAAAUAAAGAGUUUAUUAGAGUUACAUUUGUAACAAUAAUUCCAG